CUAGUAUCUCCCGACCCCUUCCUUGAUUGCUUGCUGCCUCACAACCGUGGUACCAGUUUGGCCUGAAUGCCUCAGAACCGUGGGAAACCUGAAUAAGCUAUACACGUACAGGGUAAAAGAUCGCUCUCCCUCUCGUCAACCUGCAUCCUCUUCGUACCUGGAAGUGGGCCGUGACGAAUACAACAUGCUCACCUCACACUAGGAGGUAGGAGGUAGGAGGUACAUACCUCCCACAGGGCACGAUAUCGCACUUUCACAACUCCGAGUGGAGGGGGAGCUAGACCGCUGGGCGGGAGGGCCGGCAGUGACAAAUGUGACAUUCUCACUCCUCAUUCGCCAAAGCCACCACUUCGCUGUCUGCCGUGUUAUGCACUCGGAUGUGCAAGGAGGGAGGCGGCUGUGCUUGAUAGCUCUAACUUGGGGCAGAAUUGAUGAUAUGACGAUAAUGACGAUGAUGGGGUCGAUCGGCAUUCAUCCUUAGUGCAAACCCUCAAUGCUAUAGCUACAGGUAUUACACCUCAGGUUGCCCAGGCCGCGAUCAGCGAGGGGCACUCAUCGUUUCUUGUUUAUAUCACAACAACCGGACGAUAUAUUACCACAAGAUCAUCCUGUCAGGCAUAUUCGCAGAUUAUCCACUUCAAGUUCUUUUGACCAAACAACAUGGCAGACAUCACCGACUGGAAGGCCUUGAGCAAGCCGGACCCCUCAUGGAAAGAGGGUGUCAAAACCUACCUUGGCGGGCAAGAACCUCAAAUCGGCGACUUCAAGGGCAAACCCAUCCCUGAGCUCCGUGCCAGUAUGCCCAAACCACCAGCACUCACCGACGAACGUGUAAUCCAAGAAGACCGCCAGAUUCCCGUUCGAGACGGAUCCACAAUCGGCGUUCGCAUCUAUCGACCUCGCGAUCAACCAUCUACAGGAAAGAGCCCACUAAUCGUUACCUACCAUGGAGGCGGCUGGUCCGUCGGUGAUCUCGGACAUUUUGCCUCCCUCCUCCUCGAGGUGACAACCAAAUUCGGCAUGGUAUGCGUCGACGUCGACUAUCGCCUCGCACCCGAACAUAAGUUCCCCACGGCAGCACACGACUGCAUCGACGCCACCAUCUGGGCCACGAAGAACGCAGCAUCCCUCAACGCCGAUCCCGCCCAAGGCUUCCUCAUCGCCGGAGACUCCGCCGGAGGAAAUCUCGUUGGAGCAGUCGCGCAUACGUGGGUGACAGACAAACACCAACCAAAAUUGACAGGUACGCAUUAUGUCGUGCCUGCUCUGUGCGAUCCCAGUUGCAUACCAGAGAAAUACAAGCACGAAUACAACGCCUGCGAACAAAACCGCGACGCACCAAUUUUGAAUUCCACCGCCAUGGAAAUCUUUCACGAGGCCUAUGUGCCCGAGGCGAAAAUGCGAAGCGAUCCUUUGUUCAGUCCGCUGAUAUGGCCCGGCGGACAUGCGGGACAGCCACCAGCGAGUUUCCAGGUCUGCGGACAGGAUCUGUUGCGAGAUGAUGGGUUGAUUUAUGAAAAAGUGUUGCGGACGGAAUAUGGGAUCCCGACGAAAAUGAAAGUGUAUCCAGGUUUGCCGCAUGGGUUUUGGUUGAUGAUGCCGCAGAUUGAUGCGAGUAAGAAGUAUGUGAAGGAGUUUAUGGAGUCGAUUGCGUGGUUGUUGGAGCGCAAGUAGUGGCGAAAAGAUGCUACCUUAGGUUGGGUUAUGUGUUGUAAUACAACUAUUAUUACUACAACUACUAUUACUAUGUAGUGGCCUUGAACUGGGGGUAAAAGUUCUAAACGAAUACUCAAAUGUGUCUGUCGAUGUUAUCCACGACCGGCAUUGGUCGAUAUGAGGAUACGGGGUGAUGAGAGUUUUGACCCGAGCGUUGCGCCUGCUUCUCACGGACCUGCAAUAGGCUGCUGGUCUGAGAGCCAUUGGGGGACGUAUCGCACGCAGCAUUGUAGCUCGGCACGGGUAAAAGUGCGUGGGUCGAUCAUUCCAAGCACAGCCCGCCCUUUGCACCAGAAGCUCUGCGGGAGGAGUCAGACUUGCGGCCAUACUGUCGCCUCUCCCUCUCACUCUCCCUCAGAGAAUGCUCCAUCCAACUACUCCCUCCCUCCCCGGUGGCCAGAAAGUAUCUCACAAGAACCCCGAUCCAAAUCAAAUCUUCCAGCAUUGUCAACACCCAGCACCAGAACGGCCCUUUCCCUCUUUGACUUCAGCAACAAGUCUCUCAAUCUGCGGUACCAAUUCCGGUAUUCGAAAAGGUUUCGUAACCACUUGAUCCAUACCCGCCUCAAUCGCGCUUGAAAUUUGCUCAGAUCGUGCGUUUGCUGUGACUGCAAUUACGGGGAUAUGUCCGGUGAUUUUUCCAGUGAGUUGUCGUUUUCGAAUGUGUCGGAUACAUGUGAGGCCGUCCAUUGUGGGCAUCUCGAGGUCGAGCAGGAUGACAGAUAAAGGGGUCGUGGAAG